AUGAUUUCACAACUGGUCACAGUGAAAGUUGCCAUAGUUCUCUUAUGGACAUUUAAUGUAAUGAAUGUUGAAGCAUACAAAUUUUCAGCACCAAUAAAAUUUGAUGAUCGCGGACAUUGGCACAUUAUUUUGGGCAAUGUGACAUUUUCAUUAAACGCAGAUUUUCAAUUAACAAUAAGUGAUGGUGACUGUGAGACAACAUUAUCUUUGAAGCCACCAACUGAAAUAGAGAUACUUUCUAAACGUGGAGUACGUAACGGAACUUCUGUGUGUACACGAUGUGGUUGGAAUCACGCAAACGUAACGGGCGGACGAAAGCAAAGAAAAUUAAUUCCUGACUCACCGAACUUAAUUGAUCUUCCAGGGAUUCAUGAUAAGUAUUAA